AUGGCAUCUCUGAAAGGUGUUUUGGGUAGCAGGAAGCUGUUGGGGAUUUCUUUCAACAAGUCGAAGUCCAGUAAGCACGGUGAUCAUGUCGCAAAUAUUACACGACAAGUCACUAAGGACGUCCCAGUGAGGCCUCCACUAUCCCUUCUGAAGGAACUUGCCGAUGCUUCUUGUAACACUGAUUCCUACGCUUCGAUUAUGGAUGUGGUCGCUUAUCGGCUGGACAAGGGGGUGAAAAAACCGAGUUCAUGGAACAAGGUGUAUAACUCAUUGGUGGUUGUCGAGCACCUUAUCAUCUAUGGAGCCGGUCACAUACGGGAAGAUCUUCGGAAGAAAUACCUCACCAUGCUGGAAGUUUUCUCGAAAGAUUUUCGUUGUGUGGACAAGAGAGAUGGCACCGACCAUGGAUACUCUGUUCGUGUUAAGGCUGCUGCUGUUUUGAACCUUCUUUUGUCUGAGUCUCUUGCUGACGAAGAGAGAAUGAAGAUGGCACACCAAGGGUCUUACUCCAGUGAAGCAUCCUCAAACGCAACAUCACGAUCUUCGAGCAAUCCUGAAGCAUUUUCUAGUGGAGAGAUAGGCGGGAAUUCGUUUUUACACUCACUGCAAACUCUGACGAUACUGUCACCGUCUGAAGCUUCCAAGGAUUCUGACUUCCGGAGUCCGAUCCCCGCGUUGCCACCACCACCCAGUGAUACUCGCCGACACAGAAGAUCAGUCAGCUACCCAGACUCUUCCAAAAUUGAUAACCGGCGUUUUGGCGGAUUGUCCUCAGAAGAACUACAUCAAUUUGCUCCCGCAGAAGAUGAGGAUGCUGUCAGCCAACCUAUCAAGGCAUUCCCUCUGCCACUACAGCGUCAACGUUCACGGAGAUCUAAAUCGCUGGAUUUCGAUUGGCCAAACGAGCAAGGACCAGAACAGGCCUUUUCCACGGUUCCUGGUGUUGUGAAUGGUGUGGUUGACUUGUCUGCUGCUUCAGAUACUGCUACAAAUACUUCUGCUCUUCCAGCUGCAGCUUCAUCUGGAAAGGACCUGGGAACCCGACCUGCAUUUGCAACACGCAUUGGCCAGUAUUCCUAUGGCCCGCAAGCUGUUCCUGCAAGGCUGGUGCCAUGGGCAGUUGCUCCUGGUACAGAGCAGCUUCCAUUUCGACCGGUGGCUUCAUUGCAACCUGCAUUAUCACCCUUGGUCGCUGUAUCCACGCUUCCAGCCAUUGACAAUUUAGGGACUCCAAACAACAAUCCGUUCGUGGUAUGA